UGCCACUUUCUCGCUUCGUUUCCUGUGGAGAAGAGCCAAAGAGAGGAAACAACGAUAAAGAAAAAGUCUCUUGAUGAAAAAAUGGGUAAAUUCUAUGUCUCGUGAGGUGAGCAAUGGGAAGUGGACAUAUCUGGAAACACAUGGCGGCUGUUUCGUCUUUCCAUUCUCCAUCUCUGAGCUUCUCGAUUCCACGCGCUUCAGCACCACCGUCUCUCAGCAACACGGCAGGAUUCAGAAGAUGUAUGAACCGUUCAAUCAUCUGUUCUCAGGACAUCUCCGAACAGGAUCUUCAGAUUUCAUCUCGUGACCAGCUACGAACGAACAGAAGAGAAAUCAUGUUUCAGAUGGCUUACUCUGUCUCCAUUCUUCCUCUGUUUGCUUCACCUGCAUUUGCAGACACAAAUGUGUCGGAUAAUUUCCGUAUGUAUACAGACGAAUCCAACAAGUUCGCGAUAUCGAUCCCCCAAGAUUGGCAAAUCGGGAAAGGAGAUUCGGAUGGAUACCGAUCGAUCACUGCUUUCUACCCAGAAGAAGCAGCUUCGACCUCCAACGUGAGUGUAGUCAUCACUGGACUCGGUCCAGAUUUCACCAGAAUGGAAUCUUUUGGAAAGGUCGACGAAUUCGCCGAGACUCUGGUCAGUGGAUUGGACAGAAGCUGGCAAAGGCCACCCGGUGUGAAGGCCAAGCUUGUGGAUAGCAAAUCUUCCAAGGGAUUCUAUUACAUCGAGUAUACACUGCAAAACCCGGGAGAAACUCGCAAGAAUUUGUACUCUGCAAUUGGAAUGGCAUCAACCGGUUGGUACAACCGGUUAUACACAGUUACAGGGCAGUUUUCCGACGAUGAAUCUGAUAAAUACAGCUCCAUGAUCGAGAAGACGGUCAAGUCUUUCAGAUUCAUAUGAACAGAGGGUCACAGGACAGAGGAUUCAGACAAUGAUACAGAGAACAUGUCCAUUUCUAUCCGAGAAGAACAUAUGUAAAGAAUCCACCUCCAUAAUUUGGAGUGAGCUCCAGACAACAAUUUUUAACUGUU